GGGCUGGUGGCCGUUGUCUGUUGGCGGCCCCACAGCGGCGCCUGCGCGGUGUGCCGCCUCCGCCCCGCAGCCGGCGGGCAGGCCCUCUGGGACCCUCCCGGGCGGAGCGGGACCGUACCGCGGCCUCGUCAGCGGGGCCGAGUCCCCCGGGAGUGGGCCUGGGGUGUAGGUGCCCCGCUACGUAGGAGGCGGUUGUUGGCACCCGGGCUUCGGUGUCGUGGGGAGCCGGGAGUCCUCUGGGGGUCUCCGGCUGUGGCGGGGACUGGCUGGGGUUGAUUUCCCGUUUUCCUGCUUGCUUGGAGGACAGCCCUCCCUUUGCCUCGGCUGGGCAGGGGUCCCUCUGUCCCCUGAAGACCGAGUGGCCCUUGAUCUGCGAGGGUCUCACGCCCUCUGGCAGUAGGGGGAAGGGGGGUAGAAAACGGUGACUUUGUAGUCAGCAGCUUCGGGUAGCGGGACGCAGGGCAAGGUGCUGCAGGUCAGCGAGCGUGGCUGUGACACGAGGGGUGUGUGGCAGCGGGCUUUGCACUGCUGAUGUCACAUUACACUUGGAGUGCUGCCUUGGUCUUGGUACUUUGCCCAUUGCUACUUAAAAUGCUUUCUUGCCUCUGUAUGCAAGGUGUUUACAAAGCCAAUGGCACUGGCAGUGAGGCUGCUUUGAAAUACAGCCAGCCAUACCCUGAACCCCACAUACAGCACAUUAGAUCAGUAGCGUGCAGGCUGAGAAUCUGAUUAGGGUGAUAUCGCGCACUGUCCCUGUUUCAAAACUCACUCGUUACAGUGCUAGUUUUUUGUAAUGUAAGUUUAUUGGGGAGAACAAUCAAUUAUGUUGCUCCAGCUCUUCCUGCACCCCAAUCACAGUAUUUUGUGCCUUUCGAAGUGUUUGGGCAGGGAGAAUUUUACAUAAAAUUAUUUCAGGUUUGUUUUUUUACACAGCAAUUAAGUAGUGGUUUGUUGGGGUUUUUUAAAUAAUUUCGCUGGCCGCCAUAGGGCAGUGUUUGCAAUAGCAGUUUUCUGGUACUAACUUAAGCAGUGUAUUGGCCUAAAGCAUUUGCUCUUGAGUGCCUUGUCGUUCUUUUACCUGAGAAGAGUGUUAAUUCAGAUUUAAAUGUAGUAAUAUCCGUCAAGUACUUAAAGUAAUUGAAUUUCAACUGCUGGCAGAAGCUUACAUACUGGGUAUUGCUUAGACUUGUUCUGAGACAUCUUGUACCUCUUCCCAGCAGCUUGGAGCUUUCCAUUGCAUCUUCUAGUUGCAGAAUAUUUAUUAAAGCUCUGAAGAGCUCACUUUCUAGUUAAAGAUGGCUGCCGAUACCUCUGUUGAAAUACUUCAAAAAGUUCUGGAGAAUGAAAUACUUCAGACUACCAAGGUUGUGGAAGAACAUCUGGAUGCUGAAAUGCAGAAGCUGGACCAGAUGGAUGAAGAUGAGUUGGAACGCCUUAAACAAAGGAGGCUUGAGGCACUAAAAAAGGCUCAGCAGCAGAAACAAGAGUGGCUUUCAAAAGGACAUGGAGAAUACAGAGAAAUCCCAAGUGAGAGAGACUUUUUCCAAGAAGUCAAAGAAAGUAAAAAUGUGAUUUGCCAUUUCUAUAGAGAUACAACGUUCAGGUGCCAAAUAAUGGACAAACAUUUAACUGUAUUGGCAAAAAAGCACAUUGAGACAAAAUUCUUGAAAUUAAAUGCUGAAAAAUCUCCUUUCUUGUGUGAGAGACUGCGCAUCAAAGUAAUUCCCACUCUAGCACUAGUAAAAGAUGGAAAAACACAAGACUAUGUUGUGGGCUUUACUGAUCUCGGUAAUACUGAUGAUUUCACUACAGAGACCUUAGAAUGGAGAUUAGGCUGUGCAGAUGUAAUUAAUUACAGUGGAAACUUGAUGGACCCACCUUUUCAAAGUCAAAAGAAAUUUGGAACAAGCUUUAUGAAGUUGGAUAAGAAGACCAUCAGAGGAAAGAAAUAUGAUUCAGAUUCUGAUGAUGACUAGAAGAACAGCUAAAUGUAUUUGUAAAUCAUCUUUUGUUUAUGCUUGGUACAUUUCUAAGAAUGUUUUUUAUAAAGCUUACUGCUUUUCAUUACAUCUGCACAUAAUGCGCAUUUUUCUAUACAGUUUUAUACAACUGAGUCAUAGCAGAAAAAAGCUUAAGUUUCCUUUUUCCUCUUUUGGAAGUCAUUUUUAAUUUAAAGGUCUGAGUCCUUCUAACUAAAUAACAUGGCAUACGAUGAACUUUGUCUUGAGUAUAAGUUUGUGAAGUGUUUUGAAGUAACUGUUAAAGCAACUGUACCAAGUCAGACCAAAGGUCCCUCUGGCCCAGCAUCCAGUCUCAGUGGCCAAAAGCAGGUGCGCAAGGAAGAGUUAUAACAGAGUGAGCAGAUAGCAAUGCUUCCCCGGAUUAUACUUUAAGCAGUCUGUGGAUUGGGGAACUCUGUAUCUGAGAGCAUUUGCUGGUUAAAAUUGUGGAAGAAUAAUCUCUUUAAAUCCUCAUAGUAUCCUAGCAUCCAAAUCUUAUGGCAAGGAGUCCACAGUUUAACUGUGUUGUGUGAAGAACUACUUCCUGUUGUUUUCCUUGAAUCUGACAGCUCUGCUUUUUUUUCUAAUUUUUUUUAGUAAAGGAGGUGAUAAACAGUUUUUUAAAAGGUUUUUUGCUAUCACCUCCUCUUCCAGUUGUCUUUUUAAAUUUAUUACUACUUAUAAUAUCAGUUAAGCACCACAAAAUUAUUAGUAGAGGAAUUGUGCAUUUUAACAAAUUAUUGCUUAUCUUAUGGUGCCAUAUUAUGACACUGAAUAACAACUACAUUGCACUAUAAGUUGUAAAAACAAUUGUAAUUUCUGCGAAUUCUAAGAUAAGAUGGUCAAGAGAAAUGCCCUUUUACCACGUAUGUACACUGCAUGUUAAAGCUGAUACAGCGGGUAAUACACAUAGCAACAAGGAUAUUGAAAACAGCCUUGGUCAUGGGUUUGUGUAAUUCUGUGGGUUUGAAUGUGUGGAUUUUAUAGCAGAUGCUUUGUACAAGAGAGUAGAAUAGAAUAGAGUAUUUGGGAGAAACCUUGAUCCAUUAAUUUUAGAUAUAGUGCCACAUGCUGUGUACUGUUCUUCAGUAAUGGACAGAAUUUUCAAGGCGGAUCUUCCUUGGAACACACUAAAAUUUCUGGCUAGGUGAAGAGUUGAUGAGUCUUCUUCUAGUUUUCAAAAACAAAAAAAUAGUUUGCUUUGUGCUGAAGGACCCUUUUGAGGUAGUACUUUGAAUCCAGUUGGUCCAGAAAGCAGUGAAGUGGGUCUAGUCAGUCUAGCUGCCUUGGGCCAGCCCAGCAAUAUAUCUCUGUAAGUAAGUUUAAAAAAUUAUAUUUUAUUUCUGUUCAUGUACAUUGAAAUAAAAUUAUUUUAAUUCUAACAUUGACGUUUGCAUCCUUUCGAAUAACGUGGUCUAGGUGCUGUGGGUUAAUCAUUUUUUCUUUUAAUAAAGUCCAUCAGAAAGUUGCA